CAGCGGCGGCGGGCGGUAGGUGCGGAGCGGGGGUUGCGGCUGCUUGGCGAGGUGUAGAUGAAACGUUCUGGGUGAACUGGUCACCGCUUUGGAUUUUCUCGUUGCUGCACGUUCAGAGUUUUGUAUAAAUAGCAGAAGUGGAGAUGAAGAGCAGGGUGACACAAAUAAACCAUGGGUCCAGUCAUGAAAAGAAAGAAAAAUACAGUCCACGGCACAGAAGUUUGACUCCAGAGGACAGGGAUGUAGAGCAUGACAGGUCUCCAUCUCCCAGAAGAAGAAGAUAUUCUGAUGACAGCAGAUAUGAUCAAGAAUAUUCAAGAAGGGAGUAUUAUGAUGACAGAUCUUCAGAAAGAAGGCUGGAGAGAGGGAGAGACAGAUACUAUGAAAAGUGGGAAGAAAGAGAUUAUGAUCGAAGGAGGAAGAGAAGACUCUCUUCCCCUGAUCAUAGGAGUCCAGAGAGGUCAACAGUUCAGGGCUCAAAUACUCAUGAAGAAGCCACUUCAAAGAAGAAGAAAGAAGAAGUGGAUCCAAUCCUUACUCGCACAGGUGGUGCAUAUAUUCCACCUGCCAAGCUCAGGAUGAUGCAAGAACAAAUUACUGAUAAAAACAGCUUGGCAUAUCAGAGGAUGAGUUGGGAAGCCUUGAAGAAGUCCAUCAACGGUCUCGUCAAUAAAGUAAACGUUUCUAAUAUAGAAAAUAUUAUUCAUGAGCUGCUUCAGGAGAAUAUUGUUCGAGGAAGGGGAUUGCUGUCUAGAUCCAUUUUGCAAGCUCAGGGUGCCUCUCCAAUUUUUACCCAUGUUUAUGCGGCUCUUGUGGCAAUUAUUAAUUCAAAGUUUCCAAAUAUUGGUGAAUUGAUUCUCAAGAGGUUGAUACUAAAUUUUCGCAAAGGAUAUCGCAGAAAUGAUAAGCAACUCUGUCUGACGUCUUCAAAGUUCGUUGCGCAUUUGAUGAAUCAGAAUGUGGCUCAUGAGGUUUUAUGUUUGGAAAUGCUCACCUUGCUUCUUGAAAGGCCUACUGAUGACAGUAUUGAAGUAGCAAUUGGAUUUCUUAAGGAGAGUGGGCUCAAGCUAACAGAAGUUUCUCCUAGAGGUAUUAAUGCAAUCUUUGACCGUCUUCGACACAUUCUCCACGAGUCUAAAAUUGACAUGCGUGUUCAGUACAUGAUAGAAGUUAUGUUUGCUGUACGGAAGGAUGGCUUCAAGGAUCAUCCAAUCAUUCCAGAGGGAUUAGAUCUAGUGGAAGAGGAAGAUCAGUUUACUCAUAUGUUGCCUUUAGAAGAUGAAUACAACCCAGAGGAUGUUCUUAAUGUUUUCAAGAUGGAUCCCAACUUUAUGGAAAAUGAAGAGAAAUACAAAGCGCUCAAGAAAGAAAUCCUUGAUGAAGGUGACAGUGAGUCUGAACCAGAUCAGGAGGCUGGAAGUAGUGAUGAAGAGGAAGAUGAAGAUGAAGAAGAGGAUGAAGAUGGCCAGAAAGUUACUGUCCAUGACAAAACAGAGAUCAACCUGGUUUCCUUCCGUCGUACCAUUUAUCUUGCUAUUCAGUCAAGCUUAGACUUUGAAGAAUGUGCUCACAAAUUGCUGAAGAUGGAUUUUCCUGAAAGUCAAACAAAAGAACUCUGCAACAUGAUACUUGACUGCUGCGCUCAGCAAAGAACAUAUGAAAAAUUCUUUGGGUUACUGGCAGGGCGUUUCUGCAUGUUAAAAAAAGAAUAUAUGGAAUCCUUUGAAGCUAUUUUCAAGGAACAGUAUGAUACCAUUCAUCGUUUGGAAACAAACAAAUUAAGGAAUGUUGCCAAGAUGUUUGCUCAUCUGCUGUACACUGAUUCCAUUCCCUGGAGUGUUCUGGAGUGUAUAAUACUGAGUGAAGAAACAACCACUUCCUCCAGUAGGAUUUUUGUCAAAAUAUUCUUUCAGGAGCUUAGUGAAUAUAUGGGACUUCCAAAUUUAAAUGCAAGACUAAAGGACAUAACACUGCAGCCUUUCUUUGAGGGAUUACUGCCUCGGGAUAACCCAAGAAACACUCGCUUUGCCAUCAAUUUCUUCACUUCUAUUGGCCUUGGAGGACUUACAGAUGAAUUACGGGAGCAUCUGAAAAAUGCACCAAAGAUGAUAAUGACUCAGAAACAAGAUGUUGAGUCAUCAGAUUCAUCUUCAGAAACAGACUCUUCUUCAGAUUCUGAUUCUGACAGCAGUAGCAGUAGCUCAGAGUCAUCCAGCAGCAGUGACUCUUCAUCUAGCAGUACCGACAGCAGUGACUCAGAUGCUUCCAAAGCUAAAAGAAGGAGAACACAAAAGAAAAACAGAGAAUCUGAAAAAGCUUCCCGGAAAAAACAAGAAAGGAAAAGAAAAUCGCUUGAGAAGAAAGUGGGAAGGAGGCGGCAAGAGGACAAAAGUGAUAGUGAGAGCAAGUCAGAAAGGAAUCACCGAAACAUGAGAGAAGCACACAGGAGGGAUGACACAUCAAAAUAUCAGUACAGAGAUGAGUCUAAUGGCAGAGACGAUUACGAAGCAUAUAGGAGAGAUGACAUAUCAAAAUACCAUCACAGGGAUGAGUCUAAUGGCAGAGAUGAUUACCAUAGUGGAAGAGAUAGGAACUAUGAGAGAAGUAAGGAUCUAGAAAAUAAACACAGCAAUUCAAAACAGAAGAAAGCAGAAAGAAGAGCUUCUUUUUCUGAUGAUGAAAGUUAUAGACACGGGAGCAGAGAUAAUGGACAUCGGAGUAGAAAAAGAGAAAGAUCUAGAUCUGGAGAGAGAUCAUAUAACAAGUCAAGUCCAAGGGAGGAAGAAGAAGACCACCGAUAUAGAAAUGGCUCAGAAAGACUUAGAGAGAAGUACAACCAUUCCUCUGACCAGUACAGGGAAUCCAGAAAAUAUGAGGAUAGACGAAGGGAGAAUUCCCCACACAGACGAAAAUAAUACCUAAACAGUUUGAAAUAAAUGGGCGUUUCUGAGCUGUUGAAACUGUAUUUUAAAAAAUGACUAAACUUUCUUUAAAAAAGAUUUUGUACAAAGUGGUAGUUUGCAUUUGUAAAUUUUAUCAGACUUUUUCAAAUUUUCAGUACUGCUUUUUUUUUAUAACUGUUGCUUUAAGUCUUUCUGUUAAAUUCAUCCUCUGGGAAGAUGAAGUUGUUUAUUUUGUGAAUAAAACAGUUAAGAUCUCAGUGAAA